AACGCAUCAAACCGGCUCUCCUCCAUUGCAGAUUUCCCUACCCAGAUUAGCAGCAGAGGACCCGUUUUAAAUCCAGACCCGUUUUUUUUGUCCACGACCAACAACCUAUAAACUCGUUACACUAAUUUCUACCCGACUCGGAUCAAGUCAAAUCUGGAACUGGUUCGAAUCGAGGGAGAAAUCACAUUUCUUCGUAGCCGGAGAAAAUGGGGGAUUUCAAUCUCGCGCUGUUGAUCGUCGCCAUAGUGGUGUGCGUUAUCGUCUUCCUCAUCAACAUCUAUCUCCUCGUAAACUACCAGCACCCAGACGAUGCCAACCAGGCCUAUUUUCCUAAAUUCGUCGUCGUUUUCGGCCUCUCCGUCGCCGCCAUCUCCAUCCUCAUGCUGCCGGCGGAUGUGGCAAAUCGGCAGGCCUGCCGCCACUCGAUUUACAACGGCGCCUGCAAUCUCACGCUUCCGAUGAAGGAACUCUGGCUCGCCAUCUACAUUGUUAACGCUGUGCUCGUUUUCUUCAUUAUUCCAUUCGCUAUGUUCUUCUAUGAAGGCGACCAGGACAAGAGCCUUGGCAAGAGGAUUAAGAGCUCUUUAUGUUGGGUAGCGGUCACGGCAAUUGUGUGUGCUCUCUUGCUUGGAAUUUUAUAUGGGCUUGUUGGGAAGGUAGACUUCACCGUGAGACACCUUUCCUCUGGUACUACUGCCUUCACGAACACAUUUUCAUUCUCUAGUAGCGAGCCAUGUAUUGGAAAUGGUCCUCAUCAGUGCUCUGCAUAUUCUGCAAGUCCUUCAUCUGAGAAGACAUGGACAAUGCGCGCUACAUUCCCUGAAUAUGUUGUUGCUCUGGCUACAAUUGUUGGAUCAGUGCUUUUCAUGAUUUUUGGUGGUGUUGGCAUUGCUUGCCUUCCAUUGGGGCUUAUCUUUUCAUUCAUUAGGCGUCCAAAGGCAGUUAUAACCCGGUCACAGUAUAUUAAGGAAGCAACUGAACUAGCAAAAAAGGCAAGAGAAUUGAAGAAAGCAGCUGAUGCACUGCAUCAGGAAGAAAGGAAUGGGAAAAAAGGAAGAAAGUGGCGUAAAAAUGUGAAGGCCGUUGAGAAGGAGUUGCUUCUUCUGGAAGAUGAUGUAAAAGCUCUAGAAGAGAUGUACCCUCAAGGUGAAAAGGCAGAGACUACUUGGGCUUUGACUGUUCUCGGAUAUUUGGCCAAACUUGUGCUGGGCAUUUUAGGAUCGAUUGUUUCAAUUGCUUGGAUUGCUCACAUUGUGAUAUAUUUGUUGAUUGACCCUCCACUUUCUCCAUUCCUAAAUUGGGUUUUCAUCAAGUUAGAUGAUGUUUGGGGUCUUUUGGGCACUGCAGCAUUUGCAUUUUUCUGCUUCUACCUUCUUCUUGCAGUGAUGGCUGGGGCUAUGAUGCUUGGGUUGAAAUUAGUUUUCGUCACAAUCCAUCCAAUGAAAUGGGGAGCUACGCUAAUGAACUCGUUUCUUUUUAAUGUGGGCCUCAUUCUUCUUUGCUCUAUCAGUGUCAUUCAGUUCUGUGCGACUGCCUUUGCAUAUUAUGCUCAAGCUACUGCAGCUCAAGAAAUAUUUGGUCACACAUUGCAAUCUCUUCGCGGAAUUAAAUAUUUAUACAAGUAUAACGUGUUUCAAAUUGGAUUCAUCGUUCUCGCAGGGCUGACAUUUGUGUAUUACUCACUUUUUGGAUGGAGACGGAAAAAGCCCACUGGCAGGUUCCAGCUCUCAAGUUGAGGAUUCGGUUGCUACAUUAAACAAAGCAUCCGCUAACACUUUGGAUUUUCUGCCACCUGAGUGAAUGCUUGCCUACUUUUGUGUUCUGACAUUAUUUUCUACCUUUUAUAUGUAUAUUUGUUUGCGUGUUGUACAUCGACAUGGCCAUGUAUUUAUCAGCAUUUUGGAGCAUUGGUUUAGGAAGUGCCUCGUGUGUAGCAUAUAUACAUUCUGCUGAAACAAACAAUACUCUCAAAACCUGCUUCUUGUUUCUUGUAUUGCGUAGAUCUGAUCUGAUUGUUUAUCAAUCUGCUCUGUAAUAGUAGUACUAUUAUCAGCAACAGUGUCAUUAUACAAUUUUGAA